AUGCCUAACCUAGCGGACCUAGUGCAUGGUGUGAAUGUAGACGUCGCUACAUGCUCAAAAUUCCAAGCUGAUUGGGCCGUGCUUGAUGGCAUCCACGGCGGGAUGAAUGUGUUGCCUUCACCUAGACGGCGCAUCGUGGGGAAGAGGCGUGCCCCAACAGAGCCGCUCCGUGGUGAAGACGCAUCUUGCUUCCCACUUCGAUCAUUGGUCAUUAAUCUCGAUCGACGCCGAGAUCGCCUGGAAGGAGCGGAAGUCUUGAAGAAAUGCGAGUACGAGUAG